AUGUCAUUAACAGAUCUUGCGCAAAUUUUACUUCUCCAGACCAAUAGAAAACCGACAGAAUCGGUUCUUGUAGGACAAAUCAAUGUGAUAAACGAAGAAUUUGAAAGGUUUGAAAAUGCGCUAUGGGCAACUUACAAAAAUGCUACGCCUUCUUCCGCCUGCCAUGACAACUGUACUGCAGGCUUUCAUCCGAUAUACGUGGCUAGAAAAUGCUGUUGGAUUUGCGAAGCCUGCAGUACAGGAUACUACAAGCAGGAACAUGGAAACAGCAUCUGUCAAAAAUGCCCUCCUAAUUCAGAAUCAAAUAAAAACAAAACUAAAUGCGUUUGGUAUAGGAAUGUCUAUCCUAGUUAUUCAAACCAGUCAUCUUCCAUUGUUUACAUCUUCAUAGCAAUUGGUGUUAGUAUCUGUACUGUGUUUUUCGUUUCUUUUAUCAAGUACAGAGACACAGCAGUAGUACGUGCAGCUAACGCACCAUUAUUUUUUACGCAAUUGAUUACUCACGUUCUAUUGUUUAUAUAUCCUUUAACAUACCUUGGGAAAUUAAACAACAAAACUUGUCUUACUGGUAUCGGUUUUCAAGGAAUGUUGGUAACAAUUAUACAAGGGAUUAUCUUCUCUAAAACCAUAUUUCUUGUUAAGGUGUUUCGAAGUAAAAGAAGAGCAAACAAGUCUUCAAUGGUAGGACAUCAAUACAUUUGGAUUUUUGCAGCAAUGGCAAUAUAUACAGGCAUUUUUGCUAUCAUUGUCUACGAUUCACCAAAUGGCAUUAAGUGUGUGAAAAACAAAAGAACUUUGGUGAACGAUAUAUUCUGCGACAAUGAAAAUUUAUUUAUAUUUCAACUCGUAUAUACAUUGAUUUUAAGUUUUUUAUGUAUUGUGCAAGCAUUUAGAGCAAAGAAUCUGCCUUCACAUUUCAAUGAGGCAAAGUAUAUAUUUUACUCAGCAUUUGGUACCUUUACGAUCUUGACGAUGUCGCCAUUGCUUUACGCCACCUUGAAGGAUACAAAUGCAAAGUUAAUGGUGCGUCAUGCUGUCAUAUUUUUGAUAAACAUUACAAACCUAAUAUGCAUGUUUGGUACCAAAGUUUGGGUCAUCAUAUUUAGACCAGAAAGAAAUAAUUCAGGUCUCAUUAAGAAGGCUGUGUAUAGCAAUACCGCCAGGAGGGUAGAUCAAACUUUAUCAAGAAGAAACACAAACGCUAUGAGCCUUUCUUCUAGCUCUUUCAAAUGA